AAUCCAUCGCAGAACCAAACUUCUCAUAGCGCCGCGAACCAGCAUUGCAGUCUCCCUAGAACUUACCCCGAGCAGGGGUGACCAGUUACCCCAUCCCCCCCUUUGUUUCCGACCAGAAUUUCCCUCACAUCAUGGGCGCGGCAAAAUCUCUUCCGGUGGUUGGCGAGGCUCUCACUGUCAUCGACAGCGCCGGCCGCACUGUGGCCGCAGGCGUCUGUUACCCCUUCGAUCAUGAAGCCGCCGAAAAGCUUAUCACCAGCGCCGGGAAGUCCUGGGAGGACUAUGCGGAUCGCAGCAUGGUCGCCUCCAACAUCAGGCUUGCCUGCGCCGAGCUGAACAACGAUGGCCCCCAAACUGCGCGCAUAGUCAAAGCGCAGGCCCAAGCCAUGGAAGAACUGGGCGAAAACACCCCCGUGGUGGGACACGUCAUGGCCGUGGUGCACUACUGCGAAGGGGACGAGGAGGGUGCAGAACGGUGCCUCAACAGCGCCAACCGCUCAACCGCUGUCCUCGCCGUCACGGUGGCUACGGGGGGCGCUGGGGUAGUUGCAGCCGGCACCGCGACAUUGGUGGCCGGCCUGGCAUACGAUGCUGCCGUGACCGCUGAGAAGUCUAUCGAAAAGGGGAAGUUCACCCCGAACGGCUACAUUAGUCUCGCGGACCAGGCCAUCAAGACCGGUGAUGCAUGCGAUGUCUACAACGUUGUCACCACUCCGAUCGCCGAUUUUGCGACCGGCGCCUUGGGGGGCGAGGGGGGCGCCGUCACUCGCCAGGCAACGGUGAAGAUGGCCCAGCCCCUUUCGGAACUGUCUAGUGUGACCCGCAGCCUCGGCAACGAGACCACUGCCGCGGCCUCGACAUCGGACUUCCACUUCAGUUACCACGAGCCAAGCGAAGGUGUUCUUCUCGACGACGAGCCCGUUGCCGGGACCAGCGCACCUGAGACUGGAGUGGACUACCAUGGAGCGGAGAGCGAUCCCAGGACUCGACCUGAGAUGCCCGUGAUUGCCGAUCCCCACGAAGUCCCUUUACAGGUCAAUCUGAAUCACAUCGAGGGAAUCGAGGACAUGGAUAUCGAGCCCCACGAGCCUGUUGUUAUUGCAGACACCGAUGAUAUUCACAUGGUUUUUAAGUACGAGGACUGUGCUUGGAGAUGCAUGGCGCGUCUCAAGGACAUACCAGUGGAGCAAUAUGCGAACGAGUACCACGGCGUCCCGUUUGGAACGAAGCUGACUGCAAGGUCUCUUGACCAGAUCCAGGCAAUGGUCGACCAGCAACAUGGUGUCCUUGUCACCAACGUCCACCCGGAUAACGUACUAGAAGUAGUUCACCAACUCAACAAACGUCUAGGUACACAGAAGGCCGCCGUGGCCUAUGGCCGGAACGAGACCAAGUCGGGACACGUCGUCACCAUCGAGCCCGUCCGCAAGCGGGCAAACCCCAAGAACCGGUACGAGGCAGAGUACAUCAGAGACAACCCAGAGGGCCAGCACCAGCUUUUCGACUACCAGCCCCCAACAAACGCGCCCGACCUCGAGUGGAUCGCCACCAAAGGCGUCAACGUCAAACCAGACAUGCCCGACGUAGUCCACGUAUUCACCGUCCCUCGCGUGGAAGGGGACAACGCCGCCGUCGUUGGGAGGGCUCCGACGCAGGAAGCUUUGUUGACCCACCAUCUUCAGAAAAUGCGCGAGGAAAAUUUGCUGGAGGCUGCAAGGCGACGCCGGAGUGACCGGGAUGCAGAUCUUAUGGGGCGGAGGGGGUUGGUAAAAUAGAAAUUGGCCAGGACGAGGGUGUUAAGGCGAGGUUGUUGAGGUCUGUUAUGCAAUGGGUAACGGUAGAUCGCGAACCGGUCCGUGAAACCUUGUCUGGUGGUGGUUGGUAUUCAGGGGUUAGACUUUGAGGGGGAGAACCUUUGGUCCAAGACUUCGUGCAGCAUGGAAUCCAGAUGGUUGAGCC